AUGCGGUUCCUGUGUUUGCACGGCGCCAGCACAAGCGGAGAGAUCUUCGAGAUCCAAUCCGGUGGCCUCGUCCAAACCCUCGAACAGCAAGGUCACAAAUUCCACUUCAUCAACGGCCGACUCAACUCCGAGUGCGAACCUGAACUAAGAGGCAUCGCCUCACCCCCCUUCUUCAGCCACUACCCGCGGGACGUUCCCCCAGGCCCAGACCUGCUCAACGCAAUCGAAUACACCCUACGCAUAAUCGACCGCGAGGGGCCGUUUGACGCAGUAAUGGGAUUUUCGCAAGGUGCUGCACUCACAUACUCACUAUUUGACCACCACGUACAGAAGAACGGCGCGACCGCGGCGCCGCCGUUCAAGGCAGCCGUGUUUAUAUGCGGCGGUGCGCCGUAUGUGCUUGACGGAAAGGAGUUUGUUAGCUCGCCUGACGACGACGGGAAGGAAUACCGGGUGACGAUUCCGACGGCGCACAUUGUAGGACGGCAGGAUCCGUUGUACCCACAGUCGAUGAAGCUGUUUGGGCUUUGUGAGCCUGGGAAGUCGGAGGUUUAUGACCAUGGGUCGAAGCAUAUGAUUCCGUUUGACAUGAGCAAUAAUGAUGCGAUGGUGAGGGUUAUUGAGAGGGUUAUCGAGAGGGCAUCCAAAGAGAAGUAG